UUUAAAACAGGCGCACCCGAGCCGAAAGUAGAUCAAUCGAGUGCGAACCUUCAGCGAGCGCACUGUUGCAAAACCCGACCGAACCAGUAGGCGAGAAACCUUUCCGACUGUUAGUAACACCGUGACGUUGUGCUUUGGUGACAUUCAUACGCUGCCUCACAGGACCUCUGUGUGUUUGAGCGUUGUGCUAAGUUGUGUGUGUGUGUGUGCGUGUGUGUAUGCAUCUGUGCCCUCGCUAGGAGUGUAAUUAGUGCUUCCGACAAUCAAGAGCAAAACAACAAAACCAAACAACAAACUCGUGCAGUGCUGCAAAGUGCAAACUAGACUGGCGAUAAAAACGAAUCACGCCGAAUUUAAUCAAGCCAUCAACUAUCAACGCGAUCAACAUUUCGCGCUUCGCCGCUAGAUGAUGUUCAGCAGCCUCCCGACGGCGCAGGAGCGCACAGGCCAGGACAUGCAGUCGCCAGUGAGCUCACCCGAGCUCAUCGAUCCCCGCUUCAAUCACAUGCGCAUACCAGCCUCUUCGAGUCGCAUACUGUACGAUGUGCCGUGCAAGGUAUGCCGCGAUCACAGCUCCGGCAAGCACUACGGCAUCUACGCCUGCGAUGGGUGUGCCGGGUUCUUCAAGCGCUCGAUCCGCCGCAGCCGCCAGUACGUGUGCAAGUCCAAGUCGGAGGUGCCGUGCGUGGUGGACAAAACGCACCGCAACCAGUGCCGGGCCUGCCGGCUGAAGAAGUGCUUCGAGGUGGGCAUGAACAAGGACGCUGUCCAGCACGAGCGCGGGCCGCGCAGCUCGACCCUGCGCAAGCAGAUGGCGCUGUUCAUCUCGAAGGAUUCGCCGCUCCGCCACGACAUGAUGCUAACGCCCGGCAUCCCGAUCCCGCACCCCGGCCACCACCAUGCCCAUCAUCACCAUCAUCAUCACGGGCACCACCAUCACCAUCACCAGCAGCCGGCGAUGGGGCUGGAUCUGUCGCUCGGGCGCAACCCGUUCCUGACGCCGCCACCGUCGGCACCGUCCGCCGGUCCGUAUCUGCCACCGCCGGCCCUGUUCGCCGGGGCAGGAGGCAUGCCGCCGUCCCAUCCGCUCGUCGCGGUCGACGCGAUCCGGGAGUCGGCCGCCCAGCUGCUCUUCAUGAACGUCAACUUCCUCAAGAGCCUGACCCCGUUCACGCAGCUCCCGAUGGCGGACCAGCUCGUGCUGUUCGAGGAGUCGUGGCGCGAGUUCUUCAUCCUGGCCGUGGCCCAAUACCUCGCGCCAAUCAACUUCAGCCAGCUGCUGAUCGCGUACGAGUAUCUGAACAACAACCGGGGCGAAACCGGCACCGUGAGCGACUUUCUCGUGAAGGAGGUCGAGAUCUUCCAGGAGAUUCUCGCCCAGCUAGCGGCGCUGCGCGUCGACCCGAACGAGUACGUCUAUCUGCGCGCGAUCGUCCUGUACAAGAGCGAGUUCGACGCGGAAACGAGCAUCUCGAGCGUGAGCAGCGACGGUUCGGACGUAACGACCGCGUCGUCUGCCGGCUCGGCCAAAUCGAUCGGCGAGAUUGCGACGGUCCGGGCGCUGGAGGAAAGCGCGAAGGAAGCGCUCGCGUCCUACAUCAGUACCUGCCGGCCAGGGCCGUCCAACCGGUACCGGACGCUGCUCCAGCUGCUGCCCGCCCUGCGCAACGUGUCGAGCUAUACGAUCGAGGAGCUGUUCUUCCGGCGCAACAUCGGACCGGCCCCGCUGCUGAAGCUGCUGCUCGACUUCUACCGACAGAAGUAGAGGGGGAGGGGGGUACACCACCAAUGUAUCGUCGUCAUCCGGACCGAAAUGGGUCGUCUAAUAUCUGUGAUUGCACUAACGGGAUUUCGUGCCCGAAAGCCCCAAACCGUUGCCCGCCACCGUGGACAAUAAACCGAACGUGCUGGAGUGUUAGAGUUACUAGUAAUAUAGCCUCGCUGUGUAAGGAAACUGCCGUUGGACGCGAGCAAAGUUUCAAAUGUACGGCAGAGUAUUUACUUCGAUGUGUAUCAAAGAAAAAUAUCUUUAUGUAAUUUUAAUAACGCUAGAUCAAUAAUGCGCCAUACAGUCCAAUACAAUCUAAUAAACAAAACAUAUACUCACAAACACACGCAAGAGCAAAACGAAUCGGCCUUUUAAUCUGCUACGGAUUUACAUUUUCCUAUUUUUUCCUUCUCGCAGUGAAGGAUCAGAGACAGAGCGGAGCAGAGAGUAAAACCAGAACCAUACAAAUCCCUUAUUCCGCACUAAGUCCUGCAAAUGAACCGAUAAUUGUAGCUCUUGACAAACAGCUCAUCGCACACACACACACACAUAGAGACUAGAAAAGGACAGAAGGAAGAGCUAACGGAAGGGGAGAAAAAGCCGUUGGUGUGCUUGUAUUUUGCCCUAGUCUGCCAUCGUUUAGCCUAGGUCCCAUUCAAUCCAUUCAUGUGUAUGGCUGUCCCGGCUACCGCCAUCUUGCACACUUUGGUUGGAUUUUCGCUGUUCUGUACAGUAGAAGCUACUGCCGGAGAAGCUCAGCUGAGGGUUGCUGAGCAGUGACUGCAUGAUGCCAUCAUUGCUAAUUUAACAUGACAAACUUGCCUGUCAAAUCAACGCCAGCAAUAUGUUGAAAAUUUGUAUGGAUAAAACAAAUAGUUGCAUUACAAGUCAAAGAGACACACGUUUACAAUCUGUUUAAAGCUUGUUGAAAAAUUAAUUGUUUUUAGAUUUUUAGGUACUUUUUAAACAAUUUUUUAACGGUAAAUACAUGCCUAAAUUGACAAUGGUUGUUUCUCGUCAUAAUAAGGCUUUUUUUAAGGAGUUAGUUAUACUUAGGGCCCAGUUUAGAGGUCUCCAAACCUUUCCCUUCGCGGGCCGCUUUGCUUCCGAAAUACUAACUGAAUGUGUAAAUUGUUUACACACUGAUAUUAUGUAAUAUUAUUUUUAUCUUUAAAAGCCAUUGAUUAAAACCAUUACAAUGCCAUUAGGGGCCGCAUAACAGACUCUCGAGGACCCGCGGGCCGUAGUUUGGAGACUUCGGAUCUGAGGCCUAGAGGUAAUAAAAACGCAAUUCUUUUCGGGCGCUUAAUAAUAAAGUUUACUACCAUGUUACUGGAAUAGCUAAAGUGCUUGACACGAAGAUAACGGUGGAGGAUGUGAACGUACGAAGAUCUAUCUCGAAGUAUCUAUAUUUGUUCUGUGAGCGAGUUGUCAAAUAAAAACAGUGCUUCAGAU